GCGUCCUGAUUGGUCGCGUUUCACGUGUCAUGUCAUUCCUUCGCUGCUGCGCACCUUUCAUCUUCUGACUGCUAAAAACACAGCCAAACUCUAUUCGAACCGAAGCCGAACCCCGUCCCAAAACCAGCGACUGGACAUCAGAUUGUGAUUAUUGUAUAAAAUGGCGGAGUUAAGCGCAGUCCGACAAGAACUUAGAGACAGAAAUCUGAGCAGUUCAGUUGAGUACAUGUCCCCCCAAAAAGAUGAGCAACAAAAACUGGGUGUGCCGUUCUGUGGAGGCAUACGGGGUGGACUGCGGUCCGGAAAGAAAAUCACCAUCAUGGGCGCCGUGAACCCGGACCCGGACAGUUUUGACAUCAGUCUGACCUGCGGUUGCGGGGACGUGGCUCUAGACAUGUGCGUACGGUUUGAAGACCAUGAUAUUUUGCGCAACGCCUGCGUUUCUGAUGCCUGGGGCGAUGAGGAGAGGUCGAUACCGUAUUUCCCCUUCAUUGCAGGGCAACCUUUUAGGAUGGAAAUCCAUUGCGAGCACACGCGCUUUCGUGUGUUCGUAGACGGUCACCAGCUCUUUGACUUCUAUCAUCGCGUGACACCGAUUACAGCCAUUGACACCAUACAGAUCAGUGGCAGUGUGACCAUCACCAAGCUGAACUGAUAUCUGAUGCCUCGACGUAAAACCACCUUUCUCACCAGCCAAACCAGCAAGACUGUUGGGCUGAACAUUAAAGACCAUGCACAAAUCCACUCUAUGAACAUUCCAGAUUCGCACAAUAUCUAGAUCGUAAAGACCAAAUUAAUUAUACUUUAGUUUUGUUCGGCAUGGAUUUCUUUUUUUAGGAUGUCUUCUCAUAUUCAUUUUAUGGGAGUCAAAACUGUCUGUAACAGUUUAGUCAAUGAAAUUAAAGUGUACUAAAAUAUUUCUACUUCUUUACAGUACAAAUCAACAUUGCUUUCAAUGAUGAUUAAAAAGUCUAGAUAUAGAAAUAUGUUGGGUGGGUUGACCAAAAUCGACAUACAUUGACUGACUACAGAGUGUUUACAAUCACAGUAGUUUAUUUAAAAAUGUACAGUCUUGUUUUGAGUACCCAGAAGUUCUCAGGAGAAUUUUUUUUGUUUUAUUAGGAUGGUUUAAGUGUAUGUAUAGUGAUAUUACACUAAUAGUGAUCUUUUAUAAAUCUAUGUUAUUAUUGUUAAGCACUUGUCCUUAAAAACAAUGCAGUACUGUUUGGUUUUGUUAAACAGAGAAAAGUGUAAUGAUGUAAGAAGAUAUUUGUGGCUGUUGUUGAAGGAUAAAUUCAGGAAGAAAAACUUUGAAUCUUUUGAGUAUAUUUAUUAUCAUUGACCACACAGUGUUUUAUGCCAACCUCUUUGUAAGUGUACACAUACUCCAAUUAAAUAUCUCUUGAAUUAUUAAAGGCUAUAAUAAAUGUAUUUGGUUGCAAUCGGUA